GCUCAGAGAUCUACAGUUGCUCAAAGCAAAGAACCGAGAACAAACGAAAAAACCUAUUCCAAACUUAGCUAAAGUAUCUACAGGAUGCGUCUUAUUCUGCUGUCCAUUGUUGGUCUUUUAUGCCUGGCCUGUUCCUUCGCCUUGAAUAAUAAUGGAGCCAAUCUGGAGGACCUGUUGAGCGUGGUCCAUCACGGAGGAAACCAUGCCGAAGGAGGAGAGCGCCAGACUCGUGGUGGACAUGGUCAUUACGGAGGCGGAAAUUACGGACAUGGUGGUCAUCAAGGUGGACAUGGACACUAUGGUCGCUAGCCUGAGAAUUUUACAUUUAUUUCUCCUCGAUAACCCGUUCCACUGUAAAUAAAAAUGUUUUUAAAAACUAUUUACAUUUGUUUUUUAAGCUGGGAAGAGACUUUUUCAAAAACCUUGCGUUGUUAAGGUAAUCAAAGCUCAUAAAAUAUAAUUUGUAA